AUAAUGGAUUCACUUUUGAACCACUGUUCAGAGAAUCUUUAUUUACUGAUAAUCUUUUAAUAAUGUAUGAAAAUACCUUAAAUACAAUGUUAGAAAAUAAUGUAAAUAAGUUUGAUAUAGAGGAUGUACAUUCAAAAAUUACCGAACAAAUAUCUACAGGUUGUAAUACUUUACUAUCAAAAGUUGUAAUAUUGGAGCCUUGUGAUCCACCCAAUUGUAAUAAUAACGUUUAUACAGCCUGUAAAAUGUACUGCAAUAAUCUAUCAAUUAGUAACAAUGAAAACCUAUACGUUGCAUGUGAUCAA